GUUCUGCUGUAGGUCCAUGAUUGGCAUGAAAUUGAUCAGGUUGUUGUCGUCAUUACGGUGUUGGACGACAGUAACCCGGUCGAGCGCAGCCGCUAGAUGGGAUCGCGCGCCGCAUAGAUCUCGGGCCCUAAUCAACAUUCGAGAGGAGCUAUCAGUCGCGAUCAGUCGACCAGUCGACGAGCUCUUCGUCUUACUCGUAGUAGCAUAAACCUUGCACGGCCUCUCGCUAUCUUGUACAAGCUCACGAUAGAUCUAUCUCGCCCGAACCCUUUCCAAGAACAUCAUCGUCGUCAAAGCAAUCAUGUCCGGCAUUCACGUCCUCGUCAUCAACGGUCCCAACCUGAACCUUCUCGGUACACGAGAACCGCAGACGUACGGCUACGACACGCUGAGCGACGUCGAAGAGAAAUGCAAAAGGGCAGCAGAAGCAGCUGGAGGGAAGUGUAGUGCUUUCCAAAGCAAUUAUGAGGGAGCUAUCGUCGAGAGGAUACAUCAGGCCAAGGCGGACGGCGUGGAUGGGAUCGUGAUCAACGCCGGAGCCUACACUCAUACCUCAGUAGCCAUCCGCGACGCUCUCUUGGGGGUGACCAUCCCGUUUGUCGAGCUCCAUAUCAGCAACGUCCACGCGAGAGAAUCUUUCCGGCAUCACUCUUACCUGUCGGACAAGGCUGUUGCUGUCGUCUGCGGAUUGGGCGUGAGCGGGUAUGAUUACUGCGUGACGCAUGUCUGCAAGACGUUCAAGAAAAGAGAAUAGGGAUCGAAUCAACGGAUGUCUUGCUCUUUGGCAGAUUUGCUAACAGGUCGAGGCAGGGAAUCAAAGGGUCAACGAAUACACUGGACUUGUAUCGUAUAUGCGUGAAAGCAUCAGACAAGCCUCGAACACGUUUUGUCUGCAGGAUCUCGCUCCUGACGGUUGAGUCCGUCGCGAUCGAUCGUGAGGCGAGCGAGCCCGGCGGGAUGCUUCUGGGAGAUGAGCCUGGUUUCUCAUACCGGACAUAACGACAGAGGUUGUCAAGCAACACUUCCUAACUUCAGGGCAUAUUUUCACUCGAUAUGGGCGUCGACAUGAGCAUAUCGGCCUCAUUUCGCUGUCAUUUCGGCCUCAUAUGCGCGCCAGCGAUAUAUGGGCGGAUGACGUAAUUUCGCGGUCAUAUCGCCCUCGCGAUAUACAGGUCAUAUGGGCGUGUCGAAAUGACGCCGAAAUGUUAAUUUGAUAAGGGCGAUAUGAGGCCCACAUGAACACUCG